GACGGACUGAGGAACGUUUUCAAUAUGGCAGCCUACUGUUAAGCAUGGGUGUAAUGUUUUGGUUUUAUAGCAACGUGUAUUUAUUAAAACCCAUGAGGACUUAAAGGAUUCAAUGAAAAUGAAUGAGAGACGAAAUGAUUCCGAAGAUGGAUACGGGAUAGACAUCGUCAUCCACCAAGGAAGCGACAAAAAAGCACCUUCAUGUCCGCAUGGUCCAACCCUGCUGUUUGAAAAAGUCAACAAAGGAGAAGAGAGUGGCAGACGAUUUUAUGCGUGCUCUGCGUGUCGUGACAGAAAAGACUGCAAUUUUUUUCAGUGGGAGGAUGAAAAGGUGUCAGAGGCAAGGCAGCAGGCGAGAGAAGAAGAGAAUCGCUCAAAGAGACCUCCCUUCACUCAUGUGGAGUACACCUCCAGAUUCAGAGAGUUUGUCUCACUCCCGCUGGACCAGCGAAGGUUCUGUGUCGACUGUCAGGUUUUGCUCCUACCAAGAGAUUGGGACGAGCACAGCAACCACCACGCAGAGCUCUCCGAUGAGAUCACAGUGGCUCGCCUGAGGAGGCCGAGCCUGUUGCUGUGCCCCCUGGAGAAUAAGAAGAGUAAUGCACAGUACCUGUUUGCUGACCGCAGCUGCCACUUCCUCCUGGACAUGCUGUCCAGACUGGGCUUCCGGAAAAUUCUAUGUGUUGGAACACCUCGUCUUCAUGAGCUGAUCAAAUUGAGAAAUGUGGAAGGGACGUCAGAGACGACAAGAAGCCUGCUGUUGGAUAUUGAUUUCAGGUACUCCCAGUUCUACGGCCAGGAUGAGUUCUGCCACUACAACAUGUUCAACCAUCACUUCUUUGGUGGAAAAGAACCAGCGGGGGUGUUCCUCGAUUUCCUACGAGAGGAGGAAGGGAGCAAGGUUGUCAUGGUGACGGACCCUCCCUUUGGUGGUUUGGUGAAGCCGCUGGCACACAGCUUCAGACAGAUGGCAGACGCCUGGAGGGGCCUGCAGUCAUGCACUACAGUGAAUAGCCAGGCAGAGAUGCCGAUGGUGUGGAUCUUCCCCUACUUCUUUGAGGCAAGAAUCGUUGAGUGUUUCUCCUCAUUUACGAUGCUGGACUACCAGGUGGACUACGAUAACCAUGCCCUGUACAAACAUGGGAAGACGGGUCGAAAGCAGUCCCCUGUACGACUCUUCACAAACCUGCCCGCCCGGGAUGUCGUCCUACCUGAGGAGGAGGGCUAUAGAUUCUGCGCCAUCUGUGAGCGGUACGUCUCGGCAAGAAACAAGCACUGCCCAGAAUGCAAUGCGUGCCCCUCAAAGGAUGGAAGAGAGUGGAAACACUGUGACGACUGUAGAAAGUGUGUGAAGCCGUCUUGGCAGCACUGCACCUCUUGUGGUCGCUGUGCCCUACCAGAUCAUCCUUGUAGGCAAGGCCAGACAGGCUGUUUCAACUGUGGCAGCCUGCAACACAAACACAGAGCCUGCCCUGACAAACUGAGGCCACAACUGAAGGGGAAGAGCAGAGGUUCUAGCCGGCCAACACACACAGCCAGCAGAAGUUCAGCCAAGAAGAGGAGCAGAAAAGCACAGAGAAAGAAGAAGCGGAGCGUUACAUAAACUUCCCAUUGUGCACAACAGGAUGCUUAACCCUUUCAUGCAGGAGUCAUUCAAUAGCUGAGGCGGACUUUUUUUUUAAACUUUUUAUUACCCCAAACAAGACCUGUUCAAUUGUUUUUUUUUUCUCAAUAUGUAUAAUGUUGACGAGGAUGCAUGGUUGUCCACUGUAGUGGACACCGCGCAUUAACAGUUUAAAUUUGCAAUCAUUUUUGAACAUUCAAUUUGAGUCUGAUCAGUCAUUCAUUCAAAAACACAAAACUUUGCACAUGUAAAACAGAUACUCAGUAGACAAGCAUAUUAAACUGAUUUAACAAUAAACAAAAGCUUUCUUACCAUUUCGGUAAGAUUGUAUGAAUAUGAAGGGACAUCACAUCAGUGUAAAAUUAAUGUACAAUUCAUGAAUGAUCUAUAUGAGUAGGUUAAAAUGGUAUACGAUCACAACAUAAAAGUAAUGAUAUAUUUUAA